AUGAAGAGUUUCCCUACCACUGCUACCCAUCCCACUGGAUUACGCUCAAGAAAAGUUGAUUUAGAACAAUUGACUAGCUCUGACUAUAACAAGCAUCAUCAUCCUAGAGGUAAAGAUAUGUUUGGACGUAUUAAGCCUUUCUGCGAAUGGCUCAAGACCCUCAAGGACACCAACUUAUUCUUAUACAGCAGAAGAACUCUCAGCCCCCCUGGUCCUGAAUGUUAUGGUAUGGAUGAAUUUGGUGAGAGCUUCUAUGGUUUGAACUUCGCUAGUGCUGAUUACUUAGGUUUGAGCUAAAGUGAAAGCUCCAAAUAGGCUGCUAUCGAAGCUGCUUAAGAAUACGGUGUCAACUCUUGCGGUUCUCCCUUAGCAUUUGGUGGUCAUAAGUAUUACUAUCAAUUAGUUGAAGAAUUAAAAGAAUUCUGGGGUGUUAACAACAUUAUGCUUUUAUCCGCUGGUUGGUUGGCUGGUUUCGGUGCCAUUAAGGGCUUAGUCAAGGCAAACGAUCACGUUGUUAUGGAUGCUUUAGAUCACAACUGUUUGUUGGAAGGUGCUAAGGCUGCCACAAAGAAUAUCUAUAAGGUUAAACACUUGUGCAAUGAAAGUAUGGAAGCCAAAAUCAAGGAAUUGCGUGAAAAGUACCCUGAUGAAGGUAUCUUCGUUGUUACUGAAGGUCUCUUCUCUAUGGAUGCUGAUACUGCAAACCUCGUUGAACUUUAAAAAAUUACUAAGAAGUAUGAUGCUUUCCUCAUGAUCGACUCUGCUCAUGACUUCGGAUGUAUGGGUCCAACUGGUAAGGGUACUUGGGAAGCUUAAGGUUUAACAGAUCUCUCUAAUGUUUUGUUGAUGGCUGGUGGUUCUAAGUGUCUCUCAACUAACUUAGGUUUUAUUGGAUGCAACAAUCCUGAUGUUAUUGAAUACUUGAAGGUCCAUUGCACUGCAUACAUGUUCACCAAUGCAGUUAAUCCUAUUUAAUGCAACACCGCUUUAGCUUAAUUAAGAAUCUUAAAAAGUGAAUAUGGUAACUAAAUCCGUAACAAGUGCAUUGAAAACUACAACUACACCAAGAAGAAAUUAAAUGACUUAGGAUACAAAAUCAUUGGUAAUCCUUGUCCUAUCAUGAUUGUCUAUAUUGGUAAUGAAAUUAUUUGCCGUCUCGUCUCUAGAUUGAUGAUGGAUAAUGGUGUUCACGUCAAUGGUAUUGAAUAUCCUGUCGUCGCUGAAAACGAAGCUAGACUUAGACUUAACUUGCAACCUCAACACUCAUUUGAAAAUAUGGACAUUUUCGUUGAUACCUUCGAUAAAGUUUACAAAUAAUCAGUUUAAAUCUUUGAAGAAGCUCUUUAAGACUUCUAAAAUAAAAUGGAAUAAAAGUAACUCGAAGAAGAAAAGAAAGAAUAGCUCUAACAUAAAACUGAUUCCAAGCUUUGA